AUGGGCCAUACAGUCGCAAAUUUCUCGGGCAUCACGUGCGAUGGACCCACUGGUGACGUGAUCAGCCUCGACCUCAGUAGCUUCCAUAUCUCUGGUCGGAUUGAUUUUGAAAGCCUCUUUCGUCUUCGGAGCCUGCAGAAGCUCAACCUCGCUUACAAUGAUUUUGAUGGCUCUCCAAUCCCAUCUGGGUUUGACCAGCUCACCAGUUUGACCCAUCUCAACCUCUCUCUGUUAUCCUUUUAUGGCCAAAUCCCACUGGAAAUCUCCCGCUUGACCACUUUGGUUUCUCUCGAUCUUUCUUUCAAUGAAUAUUGGAAUGUUUACAACGGUAAAUACCUGAAACUCGAAAACCCAAGCAUUAGAGCAGUCGUCCAAAACCUGUCCAAUCUGAGUGAACUCUAUCUGGACAGGGUACACAUCUUACUGCAAGGCCAGACCUUAGAUUUGCCACUCCCUACUCUCCGCAAGUUGAGCUUACAAGAUUGUGGUCUUUCAGGCUCCAUCUUUUCUUCCCUUUCACAGCUCCAUUUCUUAUCUGAAAUCGACCUCAGCGGAAACAAUCUCUCCUCUGCAGUGCCCAGCUUCCCAGGGAGUCUCCGCAAGUUGAUCUUACGAGGCUCCAUCUAUUCUUCCCUUUCACAGCUCCAAUUUUUAUCUGAACUCGAUCUCAGUCGAAACAAUCUCUCCUCUGCAGUGCCCAGCUUCCCAGGGAGUCUCCGCAAGUUGAUCUUAUAUAAUUGUGGUCUUUCAGGCACUAUCUUUUCUUCCCUUUCACAGCUCCAUUUCUUAUCUGAACUUGACCUCAGCUAUAACGAUCUCUCCUCUGCUGUGCCCAAUUUCAUAGGGAACUUAUCCUCCUGGACGUCCCUGCUCCUUACAGAGUGUAGAUUGCAUGGAAAAUUCCCUGACAGUGUUUUCCAGCUGCCUACUCUACAAAUCAUCGACAUAUCACACAAUCCACUUGUAGCUAUCAAUUUGCCGGAGUUCCCUCGAAACAAUACUCUACCGCAAUUGAUCCUUUCAUACACCGGAUUAUCAGGAAAGUUACCAGAUUCUCUCGGUAAUCUCAAAUUCUUGACUCUUUUACACCUCAGCAAUUGCAACUUGUCUGGAUCAUUACCAUCCUCACUUUCGAACCUUACCAAACUUCAAUACUUGUAUCUUUCAGACAAUAGAUUGAGCGACCCAAUUCCUUCUUCCUAUGGAAAUGAGCUUCAGAAUCUCAAACAGAUCAUCCCACAGAAUAAUUUGCUUAAUGGGACCAUUCCAUCAUCAUUGUUUUCACUCCCAUCAUUACAAAUGUUGGAUCUCUCAGGUAACCAACUUGGUCAACUUGGUGAGUUCCACAAUGCCUCUUCUUCACAGCUGGAGUUCCUCUAUCUGGGUAACAAUAAAUUGAGCGGCCCAAUUCCAUCAUCAUUGUUUUCACUUCCAUCAUUACAAAUGUUGGACCUCACAGAUAACAACUUGUCAGUCCAAUAUGGCAGUGGUAAUUCCACAUUUGUUUCCAUCCCCCAGUUUCAAUCUUUGUUGUUACGUUCUUGCAACAUCAGCACAUUUCCAAAUUUCUUGAGAAAUCAAGAGGGGUUGAGGGAAUUGGACCUUUCCAACAAUAAAAUUAGUGGUGAAAUACCCAAAUGGAUAUGGGAGGUUGGCAAUGGGAACUUGAACUCUUUAAAUCUUUCUCACAAUGUUCUACAGGGAAUAGAACCAUCUCCCCAUCUUUUGUUGAGUGACUUCAGUGUUCUGGACAUUAGCUCCAACAAGCUAGAAGGCUCACUUCCUAUCUCACCACCUUCCAUCUUUUUUUUUUCAGUUUCAAACAAUAGCCUUGGUGGUGAAAUCCCUCGAUCAGUUUGCAAUGCAACAUCCCUUGCGGUCCUUGAUUUGUCUCACAAUCACUUCAUUGGUCAGAUUCCACCAUGUUUGGGUGAGAUUGGUGAUGCCCUGUCUGUGUUGAAUCUUCAAGGAAAUGCUUUCAAUGGCACCUUACUUCAGACAUUUAAAGAGGGAUGCCACAUACAAACGCUUGAUCUCAGUGGGAAUCAAUUAGAGGACCAAGUGCCAAGAUCUUUGGCUAAUUGCAAAAUGUUAGAGGUAUUAAACCUUGGAAACAAUCAAAUACAUGACACCUUCCCUUUUUGCUUGGAAGAUUUGUCCCAGUUGCGUGUUCUCAUCUUGAGAUCCAACCAAUUUCAUGGCACCAUUGGGCAUCCUCUAACAAAUCAAGCUUUUCCUCUGUUACAAAUUUUCGACCUCUCUUUCAAUAGCUUUGAGGGUAAUUUGCCAUCAAAUAUGUUCAAGAGCUGGAAGGCAAUGAUGGAAGACGACAAAUCCCAAUCUUUGGUCCUUGGAAAAAUGAUAGACGGAAGUUCCAUAUACUAUCAAAACAAAGUGUCUGUAGUGAGCAAAGGGCUAAUGAUGGAAAUGGUAAAGAUGCUUACUGCCCUCACUGUAUUGGAUCUCUCAGGGAACAAAUUUUAUGGGCAUAUCCCAGAAUCAAUCGGGGAUCUAAAGUCACUCCUUGUGCUUAAUUUGUCCAACAAUGAUUUAACCGGCGGAAUUCCAACAUCAUUUCAGAAUAUGAGGGAUCUAGAGUCAUUAGAUCUCUCACAUAAUAAAUUGUCUGGAGAGAUCCCUUGGCAGCUAACAGAUCUAACGUUCCUUGAAGUGUUGAAUCUCUCACAGAAUUUCCUCAUGGGAAAAAUACCACAAAGCCGGCAGUUUCUUACAUUUAACAGCGAAUCAUUCAAAGAGAACUCAGGAUUGUGUGGACCUCCACUAUCAAAGAAAUGUAAAGAUGUAGAGAGUGCACCACCGUCCCCUCUAUCAACAUUGCAAUCUGAAAGGAAAUUUGAUUGGGAAUAA